AUGGCUGAUGGCAAGAGGGCAGUCGACUCCAGCAGAGUCUGGACGACGCUCAUCACAAACACGGCCUACCUCUCUGGCCUCAUUACUCUGGACUACUCGCUCAAGAAGCACAAGUCCGCCUAUCCCCUAGUGGCCCUGUACACGGACUCGUUCCCAGCCGAGGGCAUCGCCGCCCUGGACGCGAGGGGCAUCCCGCACCAGCAGAUCAAGUACCUGCUGCCCACCAAGUCCACCAAGGACUACAGCAACGACCCGCGCUUCUACGACUGCUGGAGCAAGCUCACCCCCUUCAGCCUGACCCAGUACGACCGCGUCGUCCAGCUCGACUCGGACAUGCUCGUCCUGCAGAACAUGGACGAGCUCAUGACCAUGGACCUGGACGAGCCCUCUGUCGCCGCCAAGGGGGGCCCCGACAGCAAGCGCGUCUUCGCCGCCGGCCACGCCUGCGUCUGCAACCCGCUCAAGAAGCCACACUACCCCAAGGACUGGGUGCCCGAGAACUGCGCCUUCACCUCCCAGCACGCCGACCCAGACACCGCCCAGACCGUCGGCGCCGACCCGGCCGUCGGUCCCCUGGGUUUCAUGAACGGAGGCUUGCAGGUCGUCAACCCUUCGGUCGAGAUCUUUCAGCAGAUUGUCGACUACAUGGACAACAACGCCGCCGCCAUGGAGUUUGCCGACCAGUCCCUGCUGAGCGAGCUGUACCGCGGCCGCUGGGUCGCCCUGCCUUACAUCUACAACGCCCUCAAGACCCUGCGCUGGGAUAAUGUCCACAAGCCCAUCUGGAGGGACGACAAGGUCAAGAACAUCCACUACAUCCUGACACCUAACCCUUGGGAUGAGCUCGACGCCGACGGCAACAGCACCAGCAAGGACGAGACCCACAGGUGGUGGGCCGAUGUCAACAAGGAGAGAAAAGAGGCAGAACGCAAGAGCAGCAUCCAGGACGAUGGUUUCUGA